AUGGCUGGCAUCUUUGAGGCUCCGCGGAAUGCGGAUACUCUCUUCUUGGGUGGACAGAAAAUCAGCGGCGCCGAUGUUCGCGAGCAAAAUGUCCUCGCGACCCAGGCCAUUUCCAAUGUCAUCAAGAGCUCCUUCGGUCCCUCGGGUCUGGACAAGAUGAUGGUGGAUGACAUUGGGGAUGUAACUGUGACGAACGAUGGCGCUACGAUUCUGUCUUUGCUGGAUAUUGAGCACCCUGCGGGCAAGAUCCUGGUGGACUUGGCGCAGCAGCAGGAUAAGGAGGUCGGAGACGGUACCACCUCGGUCGUCCUCAUUGCUUCCGAGCUUUUGCGAAGGGGGAAUGAGCUGAUGAAGAACCGGAUACACCCCACCACAAUCAUCAACGGGUACAGGCUGGCUCUGCGGGAGGCUGUGAAAUAUAUGAACGAGAACAUCGCAACCAAGGUGGAGCACUUGGGCAAGGACAGCUUGAUCAACAUUGCGAAGACGUCCAUGUCGAGUAAGAUCAUUGGUUCCGAUCCCGAUUUCUUCGCGAAUCUUUGUGUGGACGCGAUGCUACUGGUCAAGACGACCAACCAGAGGAAUGAGACCAAGUACCCAGUCAAGGCUGUGAACCUGCUCAAGGCUCACGGUAAGAGUGGAACUGAGUCGGUGCUCGUCAAUGGCUAUGCCCUGAACUGCACGGUUGCCUCCCAGGCCAUGAAGACCCGUAUCUCCGAUGCCAAGAUCGCCUGUCUGGAUAUGAACUUGCAAAAGGAGCGGAUGAAGCUUGGCGUUCAGAUCACCGUGGAAGACCCUGAUCAGCUGGAGAAGAUUCGCGAGCGGGAGGCUGGUAUUGUCUUGGAGCGGGUGGAGAUGAUUCUCAAGUCCGGUGCCAACGUCGUCCUCACGACCAAGGGUAUCGAUGACAUGGUUCUCAAGCUGUUCGUUGAGCGGGGCGCGAUGGCAGUCCGCCGCUGCAAGAAGGAGGACCUGCGACGCAUCGCCAAGGCCACCGGUGCCACUCUGGUCAGCACUCUGUCCGACCUCAAUGGAGAUGAGAAAUUCGAGUCAUCAUACUUGGGACACGCCGAGGAAGUCGUGCAAGAACGGAUCUCUGAUGACGAGUGUAUUCUUGUCAAGGGAACCAAGGUCCACACUUCCGCCUCGAUCAUCCUUCGGGGCGCAAAUGAGUUCAGCUUGGACGAGAUGGAACGCUCUGUCCACGACUCUCUGUGCGCUAUUAAGCGGACUCUGGAGAGCGGAAGCAUUGUGCCUGGAGGUGGUGCCGUGGAAACAGCUCUUCACAUCUACCUGGAGGAAUUCGCAGUCACAGUAGGGUCUCGGGAGCAGCUCGCCAUUGGUGAAUUCGCCCAGUCCCUCCUCAUCAUCCCCAAGACCCUCGCCGUCAACGCAGCCAAGGACUCAUCCGAGCUAGUUGCCCAGCUCCGUGUCCGUCACGCCCUAUCACAGCGUGCGGAAGAAGGCGAUGCCAAUGAGGAAGAAAAGGCCAUCGCCAAGAGGAAGACCUACCGCAACUACGGCUUGGACCUGAUGAAGGGCCGCGUCCACGACACCUUGAAGGCCGGUGUCCUUGAGCCCAGCAUGAGCAAGAUCAAGCAGCUCAAGAGUGCCGUCGAGGCCUGCAUUGCCAUCAUGCGCAUUGACACGAUGAUCAAGCUGGACCCGGAGCAGAAGCAGGAUGAUGGCCACGGCCAUUAG